UUACCGAGUUUACGUAUACAGUUCUUUUAAUGAUAAGCUUUAUCUCGAUGUUGUUUCUUAGGUCAAUGAUCAUUUGAAGCUAGUAAUGCUGUGUUAGCGGCUUCAUUUAAAAUGCUAAGGUUCCUGAUAUUUUAUCUGUACACAAGUUUUGUGUUGGCUGCUGAGGAAGACUCCGAGAAGUUUGAUGAGGAGGAUGAAGGUGAUGUGUACAAUCUCGACUUUGCAUUCAUCGAACUUAGGAAUAAGUCAACAUUCAUCGACAGAACUAAGUUCAUCAACCAUUUCUUCGAGAGAAAAGAGUCGAUGGUAGUCCACGCGCCACCCCGUUUCGGCAAGACGUCCAUCCUAAAUAUGCUCGAGAUGUUUUUCGAGAUACCUGUUGACGAAACCGGAACUGUCAUUCAGUCGUACAUAUUCCAAAAGCGCCGGUUCUUCGACACGCUCAGAUCAUGCGAGAAAAAAGACAAACGCUUCUGUGCAGCUUUCAUCUCCAGCCACCCUGUGAUGUACUUAGAUUUUGCGGAGUUGGAGACAGAGGACUUAGAAAGCUUCUGUGUUUCCUUUCGCUCGAUCAUGUGUAACCUGUUUGGAGACCAUGAGUACUUGGGUGAGAGUCCUAAGUUGAGUCAAACGGAACGUGACAUAUACGAUGAGGAACGACAUCCAGAGGGACAUCCUCUAUUGAGAAAUGGAACUUAUGCUAUGGGUGGUUUACAUUUGUCAAGAUUAUUGCAUAAACAUUUCAAUCGAAGUUGCAUGGUGCUCGUUGAUAACUAUGACGCCCCAGCCGCCAAACUCAUCGCUGAGGGAAACAAAGAUGACUCGAUGAGCCAGAUAUUUAAGAUUCUCGAAGAUUUGAUGACAGGGUUGUUCAAGGACAAUGAGUAUGUCAGUCACUCCCUCAUGACUGGCGUAUCCUCCAUUGGUAGUGUUUACACUCAACACAUUAACAGUCUGAAAUACUACUCGAUUUUCGAGAACGCGACGCUUAGUAAAUUUUACGGACUUAAGCUCAAAGAUGUUGAAACUCUGUUUAAGAGCUGUGACCUGCAGGCAUUGCUAGAGGAGUCACAGAGAACCUAUGAAGGAUAUCAUUCUUUAUCUACGAACGAAAAGAUGUACGCUAUCCAUUCUUUGUUAAAAUUCAUGGAAAAGAGGGGGAAAAAGAUGGAAAACCGUUCUCUGGUAGAAUUCAUGGAAGAGAAGGGGCAAGUGAGUGGUCUGAAUGAGCCCAUACCCAUAGUUUUGCAACUUACGGAGCUUUUUAAGUUCAGUGGGUUUGGUGAAACAAUCGAGAAAACUCUUGAAAAAAUCACCGGGAUAGAUAGAAAACUGUCCUUUUUCACCGAGCAGGAUAUUAAAAAUUUGCAUUCCUUGGUUUCGAAGCCGAAGAAUAAGUUAAAACUAAGUGUUGCGACAGAGCAUCUCAUGUUGCAGUUCUUACAGGAGAACGGAUGUUAUACGAUUAUCAGCAAGAAUGAUGACUUGUGCAGGGCUGACUUGAUUGUCCCGAAUCUGGAGAUUAAGAAACUCUUACAACGACAUCUUUACACGGAAAGCUUUUUCAGAGAAAAGUUUAAGGUGACGAAAGAAAAACUGAAAAACUACGUGAGCUCGAUCAUCAAACUGGACAAAACGAAAAAAAGUUUCCAGUGUAUGCUAUCAGCGAUCGGGACGCUUUUUGAAAAAGUUUUACCCGAGGAAGAGCACGAAUUACGGGCACCGUUUUACUCCAUCCCAAAAUUGAUGGAUACAGAAUCGUUUUUACAAGUGGACAAUGAAGUCUUGGGUCCGAACAAUACGGCGAUAGACACAUUGAUUGUUCGGAAAGACAAAACUUUGAUAAUAUUCGAAUUCAGGUUUGAUCGUGCUUCCUCGCUUACCGCGCUUUCAGACGUCGUAAGCAAGAAAAAGUACGAGGUCAAGACUCAGGAAAAAUUUCUCAAUACGAUUUUAGUAGGACUGCAUUUGAAUAAAUUUAGAAAUUGUAGUGUUAGUUACUUGUAUAAUACUUUUGACAUUAAAAAAACUGUAACAACGACGGUGAAAACGAAAUAAAUUAGCUUUUUUUUGGCAAAA